AUGUCUCAAUUUAUCGAUCAGGAAAUAAAUGGGUACAAGGUCCAGAAAGCAAUAGGAGAGGGGAAAUUCUCGACCGUGUACAAGGCGAUGAAUAAGGAAGGGAAUGUGGUUGCGUUGAAGAAGAUUAAGGUGAUUUGUGACUCUAUGUUAGAUUUUUGAUAUGAUGGAUCCAAAACAAAGGGAGAAAUGUUUGAAGGAGGUGAAGCUAAUGCAACCCUUGGAUCAUCCAAACAUCAUAAAGUACUUGGAUUCAUUCAUUUACAACAAUGAAUUGAUUAUAGCUACAGAGUGGGCGGAGAAGGGAGAUUUGAAAAAACUAAUCAAAAAUGCUUAAUCUGAUGAUACUCCAUUUGAAGAAGUGUAAUUGUGGAAUUACAUAUUGCAAAUAGCAAGUGCAUUGGACCAUAUGCAUGAAAAGAGAAUAAUGCACAGAGAUUUGAAACCAGCAAAUAUAUUUAUAGGAGGAGAUGGCUCAUUGAAGGUUGGAGAUUUGGGUUUGGGUCGUAUAUUUUCGUCAGAGACAAUCGAAGCCUACUCCAAAGUAGGAACACCACUUUAUAUGUCACCUGAGGUAAAUUAUCAUUAAAAAGGAAGAGCUCCUUCAUGGCGAAGGGUAUGAUAUGAAAUCAGAUAUCUGGUCAUUGGGAUGCAUCGCAUAUGAGAUGGCUGAGUUCAAGAGUCCCUUCAAAUAAAGCGAGAAGAUGUCUCUCAUGGAUUUAUUUAAUAAUAUCACCAAAGGAGAAUUUAAACCAGUUUCUAAUCGAUACAGUCAAUAGUUGAGGGAUGUCAUCGAAGGCAUGAUAGUAGUCGACCCCCAAAAAAGACUUGAUGCAAGCACGGUUCUGUAGAAGUCAAAGGAGAUCCACAAUACCUUCCUUGAUACCAAGAAGACUCCAUAGAUAAUUAAUGUUUUGAUGAUGGAAGUAAUUAAAUCAUGCAAUUUAUAUAGGACAUCUAUGAGAAGUUGUCAUUAGUUCAAUAUCAUGAAUAUUUCUGUAUUCCAUUGAAAAAGAAACCAGUUUCGAAAUAUUAUUUCUCUUUAGAUGAAAACGUUAAUCAGAAUCAAAGGUUCUAUUACUUUGUUGAGUUAUGUUAUUGGCUAAUGAGUUUGCCCAAGUAAAAAAAGAAUAAAAUGGCACAGCCAAUCAAACUCAAUUAUCAUAAUGUUGAAGAAACUGCCAGAAAAUUGCUUGUUGAUAUCAAAGCUUGGGGUAUAAAAUUACCUGAAUAAUUGGGGUCUCCUCAUAUUUCAUAAGGAUGUGGAGACAUGGUUUGCUUCAUUUUAAAUGAUUUGCUAAAUAGAGAAUUGAUUAGAGUCAAUUUCAAAUUUGAAUCUCCUAACUUCGGUAAGGAUUUGGAAAGCUCUGUAAUUUAGGUUAAUAAAAUAGAUGAUGAGGAUCUUGUUGAAAUUUAAGAAGAAGAAAAUGAAAAUGAAGAAGUUGAAUAAGAUGAGUUGACUUAGAGUAUUCUAUUUUAUCAUAAGAAAUAUAAUAAUGAACAAACUGAUUACAAUCAAGUUCCUCAAGAUCGAUAAGUCAUCGAAACCAAAGUUGCAAUUAAUGAAUGGACUAAAGAGUUCAAUAGAGUUGAGAAGGAGUUUUCUAAAUUCGAAGCCAAUCUUAAAGUGAAUAAACUUUAUUUAAAGGAUUAUGAGAGAACAAUCAUGACCAUUUCCAAAUGUUCCAAAGUAAUUCCAUUAUAAUUAUUUAAGCAAUUGUCUCUUCUCUCUGAACACUUGAAAUCAAAUGAAGUUUAACAAAUUUAAUAAUAGUGGAUUGAUUAUUUGGAAUUGAUCCCUAAAUUAGAAACCAAAGUUACAGAAUCAAUACCAGAAGAUACUUAAAUCACCUUAAAAUAGAACAGGAUUAAAAUAUCAGAUUUAUAAUUAUAAAUUUCACAAUUGAAUAAAGGGAACACCGAGAAGUUAGAAAUCGAUCAACAAUUAAACCAAUAGUUAUUAGAUGUAAAGGAAAGAACACCUGUUUUGGCUGACAACAGAACUAAGCAAAAAUAAUUGAUCAAUUAAUUGAGAGUAUUGAUUUUACUCAUUAUAAUAGAAUGACAUACGGGAUAUGGACGUUAAAAUUGGCAUAAUGCAAACUCAAAUAUCAAAAUCGUAUUUUCAUACUAAUGACGUAUUAUCUGAUGAAGAAUUCUGA